AUGUGUAUAUGUUUUUCAUGCAAGAACAUUCUACCGCGCACAUCCUAUUCAGUCGACGAGUUCUCUAAGGGCUCUGGCGUAGGGCGAUGUAAUGACUGCAUCUCCGGGAAGCGCAUCGAAAACGCAUCGGUUGCCGAGUUUGACAGUGGUAGAUACAACAUCUCCCGAAACGGCGUUACUUCCUAUUUUGAACUCGGCCAACCCUUUUCUAACGGCUCGUACCGCUGGGUAGCCUUGGCGACCUACACUUCAGGCCCUCGAGAAGGUCAAUCAUUCGUAGUAAAGUGGUUCAAGGCCAGGUUUGUCUACGAGCCGCACCACUACAACCUUGACAUUAAGGCCGUCCACAAAGCCCUGGAAAUCGUCAACUUGUUCAAUAACCACAAGAUAAUUAAUAAAACCAUCAGACUCAACGUACCCGGCGUGUGGAUAUUCACUACGGCUUCCGGACUCUGGGCUGGACGAUACGUCCUGUGCGAACCGUUCAUCAAGAACUAUCAAAAGUUCAACAGCAGCACCGGAUGGACCGACACUUCGAGCACGUGGGGAGAAGUCAUGCAGGCCCUCAGCCAUUUCAGCUACCACAUCACGGACGGCCAGUUCGUCCUGUGCGAUCUCCAGGGCGGCAUCUACCGGCACCAGGCCAUCCUUUCGGACCCCGUAAUUCUGUCGCAGAAUAUCGAAUACGAAGUGACCGAUCUCGGCCCCAGAGGAAUCACGUCGUUCUUCAGCCAUCACCGCUGUAACGCGUUCUGCCGCCUGGAUUGGAAGAUGCCCGCAGGCACGGCUCGAAUUUUUGAUCCGGCCCCCGGAACGGCUCUGAGAGGAUAUAUAGUGCCCACGCGCCAAUCGAGACCAAUGGAUACACCCUAUUAUUCCCCUCUAAGGUAUUGA